GCCGUCUUUGGGAUUAGCGGGUAUAGUUGGGGCUUGCGGGAGCUGGGCCGGGGGACUCUUCGGAAACUCCGGGCGCAGAGCAACAUGGCACUCCCCACGCUGCCCUCCUACUGGUGUAGCCGGAGGCUCCUGGAUCAGCAGGCAGCGCAACAGCGACACCGGGAGCAGGAGGCCCGUCUUCGGAGGCAGUGGGAUGAGAACAGCCGCUACUUCAGGAUGUCAAACGUCUGCAGCUCCAAACAGGCAGAAUGGAGCUCCACAAGGUCCUACCAGCGGAGCAUGCACGCCUACCAGCGGGAGAAGAUGAAAGAGGAGAAGAGGAAGCAGCUGGAGGCCAGACGGGAGAGACUCCAGCAGCUUCUGCUGGAGGAGCAGGACCUGCUGGCCAGGGAACUGGAGGAGCUGAGGCUGAGCAUGAACUUGCGGGAAAAGAAAAUCCGGGAGCAGCACAGGAAUCUCAAGUCCGCCCGGGAAGAGCAGCGGAGACUGAUUGCUGAACAGCUUUUGUAUGAACACUGGAAAAAGAACGACCCCAAACUGCGAGAGAUUGAAUCGGACCUGCACAAGAGGCAUGUGACCGACUCCUGGGAGCUGCAGAGGGAAGAGAAAAAGCAGCAAGAAGCCUUGGAGAAGGAGGAGAACACACGGCACGAAAAUGAGUAUGAGAGGGCCCGCAGGGAAGCGCUGGAACGGAUGAGAGCGGAGGAGGAGCAGAGGCAGCUGGAGGAGAAGCUCCGGGCCGAGGCGCUGCUCCAGCAGAUGGAGGAGCUGAAGGUGAAGGAGAUGGAGGCCACCAAACUGAAGAAGGAACAGGAGAAUCUGCUGAAGCAGCGGUGGGAGCUGGAGAGGCUGGAGGAAGAGAGGAAGCGGAUGGCAGCCCUCCGGCGGAAGGCAGAGCUGGGACGCUUUUUGAGAUAUCAGUAUAACAUGCAGCUCAACAGACGUGCGCAGCAGGUCCAAGAGGAGCUGGAGGCGGACAAGCGCAUCCUGCAGGCGCUCCUGGAGAAGGAGGAGGAGAACCAGCGUGCGCACCUGGCCCGGCGGGAGCAGGCCCUGGCCGACGUGGCGUGGAUGAAGCAGGUCCUCGAGGAGCAGCUGCAGCUGGAGAAGGAGCGGGAGGCAGAGCUGCAGAUGCUGUUGAGGGAGGAAGCCAAGGAAAUGUGGGAGAAGAGAGAGGCCGAGUGGGACCGAGAGAGGAGCGCACGAGACAGACUGAUGGCCGAGGUCCUGACAGGGAGACAACAACAAAUACAAGAAAAGAUUGAGCAAAACCGACGGGCGCAAGAAGACUCCCUCAGACACAGGGAGCAGCUUAUUCAAAACCUCGAGGAGGCCAGAGAGUCAGCUCGUCGCGAGAAAGAGGAGAGCGAAGAACUGAAAUCAGCCAGGAAGCGGGAGCUGGAAGCCCAGGUUGCAGAGCGCCAACUGCAGGCAUGGGAAGCGGACCAGCAGGAGGAGGAGGAGGAGGCAGCGGCGAGGCGGGCGGAGCAGCUCAGCAAUGCCCUGCUGCAGCAGGAGGCAGAGACGAUGGCCAAGCAGGGGUUCCGGCCCAAGCCUUAUGGACACCCCAGAAUCGCUUGGAACUGACCUCAGCGGCACUGUGAGCACAGGGGACCGGACGCUGAGGCCUCUGCCAUGUGGCUGCCGGACAGGCGGACAGCGUCCCGAUCCAGUGUGGGGUCACCGUGAGACAGUUCAGCGGGCUGCUUCGGGUCCUGGGUUGUACGGUGAAGGGUCUGGCCUCCAGGUGUCGCGGGUGCGCAGUGCCCAGCAGGAGGCCCUCUCCUUCCUGUUAUGCAGGAACGGGGCUUUUGCAGUCACACGUGGACGGGGCCGGGACAGCCCUGUGAUGCGUUUAUCACUAACGUAAGCUUCUGAGUCCACGCCAGGCUUCCUGAUCUCCCGCUGUCUCACCCUCAACUGUCAACCUCCAGCAAAGCCUCCGGCUAGCGAAAUAAGGAAAGUUUUUUAAUUUUUAAAAUUGCCAUUUAAAUUGAACUAUUCUGUUGACGACAAACA